GCGAGUUCAUCCGGGCGCUGUACGAGUCAGAGGAGAACUGCGAGGUCGACCCCAUGAAGUGCUCGGCCUCCACCUUGGCUGACCACCAGGCCAACCUCCGCAUGUGCUGCGAGCUCGCCCUCUGCAAGGACAACAGCCGGCGGGUGGACAACGUCCUGAAGCUGUGGGUGAUCGAGGCGCGAGACCUCCCCCCCAAGAAGCGCUACUACUGCGAGCUGUGCCUGGACGACAUGCUCUACGCCCGCACCACCAGCAAGGCGCGGACCGACAACGUCUUCUGGGGGGAACAUUUUGAGUUCAACAACCUGCCGGCCGUCCGCACCAUCCGCCUGCACCUCUACAAGGACACCGACAAGAAACGCAAGAAGGACAAGAGUAACUACGUGGGGAUGGUGAGCAUCCCCAUCGCCAGCGUCACCGGUCGGCACUUCGCCGAGCAGUGGUACCCGCUCAGCCAACCCAGCGGCAGCAAGAGCAAGGCGGGUUGUCCGGCUCUACGCGUCAAGAGCCGCUUCCAGACCAUGAGCAUCCUCCCCAUGGAGCUCUACAAGGAGUUCGCCGAGUACGUCACCAACAAUUACCGGAUGCUCUGCGCCGUCUUGGAGCCGGUGCUCAGCGUCAAGAGCAAGGAGGAGGUGGCCUGCGCGUUGGUGCACAUCUUGCAGAGCACCGGCAAGGCUAAGGACUUCCUGUCGGACAUGGCCAUGACGGAGGUGGAUCGCUUCAUGGACCGGGAGCACCUGAUCUUCCGGGAAAACACCCUCGCCACGAAAGCCAUAGAGGAGUACCUGAAACUCAUCGGCCAGAAAUACCUCAAGGACGCCAUCGGUGAGCUCCACCGGCACUGGGGGGGCCCCAGCCUCUUCGGCCUCAUGCAGGAGUACCCCGACGAGCAGACCGCCCGGACCCUCACCCUCAUCGCCAAGGUCAUCCAGAACCUGGCCAACUUCACCAAGUUUGGCAGCAAGGAGGAGUACAUGGCCUUCAUGAACGAGUUCCUGGAGCUGGAGUGGACCAGCAUGCAGCAGUUCCUCUACGAGAUCUCCAACCUGGACACCCUCACCAACAGCACCAGCUUCGAGGGCUACAUUGACCUGGGCCGCGAGCUCUCCACCCUCCACGCCCUCCUCUGGGAGGUCAUGUCCCAGCUCAGCAAG